GAGGAUGGAAGCACUAUGCUUGUAUUCUCAGCAGAAGAACAGGACAAGUUCUAUGGUAUGGCUCAUCGCAUCGUUGCGAAAGUUUUAAGAUGCUUCCCUAUGUCUAGCAAGUUGCUUCUGAAAACGCUGCAUAGUAGUGUUCCUCAUCUAAGCCAAGACUAUUAUCUUUUCACCGGCUACAUAAGGAAUCUACUACAUUGUCUUGAGUAUGUAAAUAAACUUCGUGCCGAUAUUUGGGAACUCAUCGUCGAUCAAGUGGUAUUAUGUGAUAAUAUGCUAACGAGAGUAGAUUAUAAGGAUGAUAAGAAGUUCGAAACAGAUACGCUCAUAUUCCAUAUGGACGAAGAUCAUGAAGGCCAAGCUGUCGUUGGGGAGAAUGAAAUGAUCUCUAAACUUGACGGUGUAAUGCGAGAUGUUCUCUGUUAUAUCGCAUUGAAACAUAAUAUCCAAAGCGAAGCCAUAGGUGAUUCAAGUUGGUUACGGGUAGGAAGUGACUCAAGCGGUGAAGAGCUGUUCUCUAUAUUUCUAUCACUUUUGGAAAGUCGUAUGUUGUUGUCUGUUCAUGUACGGUACACAUCGUUUAUAUGGAUAUAUUUCUGUGGAUUGUCUGAGAAGUACGCUACUCGAACACUUGAGCUGUUAUGGUCAAUUAUUAUCCGACCACAAGUGGCCCAAGCAGAUGUGGCAAAGGCACAUGGUGCAGCAGCUUAUUUGGCCGGAUUUCUUGCCAGAGCGAAAUACCUUGAUAUUAGAGUGGCUUCAUCAUGGAUGUAUCGUAUAGUUAAGUGGUGUGUUCAGUAUGUUGAUAAAUGUGGCAUAGCCUGCAACAAGAUUACGCCUGGUGUAAUUCGUCACGGAACAUUCUACGCGUUGUGUCAGGCCUUAUUCAUCAUUUUUUCUUUUCGAUACAAAGAGUUGGUUCAAAUUGAAGACAUCAACAAACUUAGAGGAUGGGGAUUAGGGCGAAUCGUUCACUCACCUUUGGAUCCUCUCAAAUAUGUUAGCAGGCCUGUUGGACAAUGUUUUGCUGCAAUUGGCAGAUCGUUGCAGCUGGUCUACUGCACUCAUAUACUCCCGUUCGAUGUUGGUGAAAACCUGCCGUUUGAACCCAUGUUUCCAUUUGACAGCUAUAAACUUCAAAGCUCGGCAGCAGUGAUCUGUCCGCUAUUACGACGUUUCUCUCCUAUGGCUGAAGACAAGGCGGCUGUAUCGUCUGCAUUGCAAAGCUUACAGCUAAAGGGUUUGCAGGAACACGCAAUGGAUUUCCUAGAUGACGAGGACGCUCUGAUUGAUGACUGUUUAAUAAACUUUGGUACUUUUGUGGAAAAACGAAUGGUGGUUCCGUAUUUGGGCUUUGAAUGUUUCUUUGUUCUGAAAGUAUUUAUUGAAGAAUGA